GUUGCGGAAGUAGCCUGCACACGGUUUGCAGAGGAUGAGACCUGCCCGGCGACCGCACAGGGAACAGAAGUGCCGUCUUCAGAUCAUCCAUCCAAGAGGCAUGGGUGCGCUGCAGUCCUUACCUGGUCAACAAGAAUACGCUGAUCUGGCGGAAAAGACCGGCUUCUCAUUGGAACAGAUCAGAAUCUUACACAAAAGAUUCAAGCAGCUGAGCAAUGAAGAAGAAACUCUGCAGAGAGAUCACUUCAAUGGAAUUCCAGAUCUAGCUUGCAAUCCCAUCCGGGCGCAGAUCGUAGAGGCCUUCUUUGACAGGAGAAACUUUCGGCAGAACGUCGAGGGCACGGUCGGGGAGAUCGGCUUUGAGCAGUUCCUGGUGGUCAUGUCCCAUUUCAGGCCCCCGUCACUGCAAAUGACAGAGGAACAGCGCGAGAGCGUCAGGAAGGAGAAACUGAGAUUUUUAUUCAACAUGCACGACACAGACAACAAUGGGACGAUAACACUUGAGGAAUACAGACACGUGGUGGAGGAACUGUUAUCUCUUAGCGAGACACUGGAGAAGGACACAGCCAAAAGCAUUGCUGAUGCAGCCAUGUUGGAGGUGGCCAGUAUUUCAAUGGGUCACAUGGAACCUGAUGAAUUCUAUGAGGGAAUCACAUUUGAGCAUUUCCUUAAGUUGCUGAAAGGCUUUGAGAUUGAAUCAAAAAUGAACAUUCGCUUUUUGAAUAUGGACACGACAACCUUGUGCAAGUGAGGCUGGUACACUAAACUAUGCAGUGACUUUUGGGAAAACUCUGAAGACGCAUAUAUAUGGCUUCACCAUCUUUUGUUUCCAGUUUGUCGCUUGCAGUGAAUAAUAUUGCCUUACUAAUGUUUGAAUAACUAUGCAAAUGAAAUGGAAACAUGUAUGCUGCAGGUGUAGAAGUAGUUCAUUAAACUAUAAGCAAUAAUAUGAGAAUAUCAGUCAAAUAGCAAUCAGCCUGUUUGUAGCUGAACUAAGCAAUAAUCAGAUAUCUGAAGGAACAGACAGUAUGACUAUGCAUGCAAACACUGAUGCUCGAAGAACCUUUAUAAAUGUCAAUGCCAUAAAUCAAUAACUCUUAAUAUUCAGGGAUAUAAAGGUUUGUCUUUAAAUAUAUAUGGGUGUGUCUAAUAAUAGCAAUACAAUCAUUUGAAAUGCCUUUUAUUCAUGUAACAAAGGUGACACUUGGUGCAUGCUCAGCACACGACAUUUGCACAAUAAAAACCCCACAAAACAGAUCUGACUUCAGUUCAUUAUGUAGUUCUGAUAAAAAGGAAACGGGAGUGCUGUCAUGCAAGAUUAAAUGCUUGAAGGCAGUAUCUGUUUCAUCCUUGUUUAAGAUGCUUGAUGGUAAAAGGUGUGGCCUAAUUGCCCGUAAAACAGCAGACCCUCUGUAAUCCAACUUAUAAUGCAACAUGUGAGCAAAAGCUUCGGCAGCCUCAUCACGUCAGAGGUUUGAAUAACUUUAUAGCAGAGGCUAACAUAAGCUUGUUUCAGGAGCUACUAUCAGCAAACUAUUACUCCAAAGUUUUGGUGUGAAUUUUGUGGCAAAUAUACAGAUUUAUUAGCAACAUCAUAAAGAACAAUAAUCUAAUUUAAGUCUUCAUUAAGGUCCAAAAUCAUUAACAGGCAAGUAGGGGUGAAAAAGAAAAAUCAGUAUGAAAGGACUUUAAGAAUUAUUGCAGUUGGCAGGUCUCUCUCCUCAUGUUUCUUGUCAAUCUCUAGUGUCACUAUCAAUAAUAAAGCUGUCAUCAGUACCUGUUUAUUUUGUCCGCAGCUCUUUGCAUCACUGUAUGAACAGGUACUGAGUCAUUGGGUGGUGUGUUGGAUGUAAACUUUCACUUCAUGUUUUAAUAUUUCCUGUAAAUGCCAAAUGACAGACUGUCUAGAAUGUCCAAAGAUACCUAUCAGCACUGUGGUGCAAUGUGUUCAGUCAUGGGUGUAUACUGCCCUCCACAGGUCAAAACAUGUAAAGCAUGAUGAAUGAUAAAUAACCUGAUGCAUUAAAUAUACUCCUAUGUCAUUUCUUUAGUUGGUGUUUUUAAGUUAGGAAAUGAAUAAUGCACGAUGCAGUGCUUUUAAACAUGGCAGAUGUUGGGUCAUUUAGUGCAGGUGCUCAUAAGCUGAAUUACAAUUACAUUUAAAGUUUUCAUUGUAUCAUUUAGGCUUUUUCUUUGUAAAGCUGUCCACAUUUUGCAAUAAAAUAUGACCUAUUUAA